AUGGCUGCGGUCGACCAAAAAGUUGCUUUGAUCGUCAUUGACGGUUGGGGUAUCGCUGGCCCCAACUCCCCUCCCCAGGGCGAUGCUAUCGCCGCCGCCGAGACCCCGUUCAUGUCCGGCUUCGCCGAGGCGAACUCGAAGACUGCUCAGGGUUACACUGGAUUGGAUGCCUCUUCGCUCGCUGUCGGUCUUCCUGAAGGCCUGAUGGGUAACAGUGAGGUCGGUCAUCUUAACAUUGGUGCUGGUCGUGUGGUGUGGCAGGACAGUGUCCGCAUUGACCAGACCAUGAAGAAGGGCGAGAUGAACAAGGUUGAGAACAUUGUCAAGGCCUUCACUCGUGCUAAGGAGGGUAACGGCCGUCUGCACUUGUGCGGUCUGGUCUCGGACGGUGGUGUUCACUCCAACAUCACCCACCUGUUCUCUCUCCUUGAUGUCGCCAAGGAGAUGCAGAUCCCCGAGGUCUUCAUCCACUUCUUCGGUGAUGGUCGUGACACCGACCCUAAGAGCUCUGCCCUAUACAUGGAGCAGCUUCUCAAUAAGAUCAAGGAAGUUGGUACUGGUUCUAUCGCCACCGUUGUUGGUCGCUACUACAUUAUGGACCGCGACAAGCGCUGGGAGCGUGUCGAGGUUGGUAUGAAGGGCAUGAUCACUGGCGAGGGCGAGGACAGCUCCGACCCUCUUCAGACUAUUCUGGAUCGUUAUGAGAAGAAGGAGACCGAUGAAUUCCUCAAGCCUAUCAUCGUUGGCGGCAAGGAGCGUCGCGUACAGGACAACGACACCCUGUUCUUCUUCAACUACCGCUCUGACCGUGUUCGUGAGAUCACUCAGCUUUUGGGUGACUACGACCGCUCCCCCAGACCCGACUUCCCCUACCCUAAGAACAUCUCCAUUACCACCAUGACCCAAUACAAGACCGACUACACUUUCCCCGUUGCCUUCCCUCCCAACACAUGGGCAACGUCUUGGCCGAAUGGCUGGCCAAGAAGAACCUGCAGCAAUGUCACAUUGCUGAGACUGAGAAUUCCCGGCGAAGUCCGUGACAUGAUUCCCUCGCCCCGCGUGGCUACCUACGAUCUUGACCCCAAGAUGAGCGCUGCCCAGGUCGGCACCAAGAUGGCCGAUCGUCUUGGAGAGAAGAACUUCGACUUCGUUAUGAACAACUUCGCUCCCCCUGACAUGGUGGGUCAUACUGGUGUCUACGAGGCUGCUAUUCAGGGAGUCGCUGCCACCGACAAGGCCAUUGGUGAGAUCUACGAGGCCUGCGUGAAGAACAACUAUAUCCUCAUGAUCACUGCCGAUCACGGAAAUGCCGAGGAGAUGCUCAACGAAAAGGGUACCCCUAAGACCUCUCACACCCUCAACCAGGUCCCCUUCGUCAUGGCCAAUGCCCCUGCUGGCUGGAGCCUCGCCAAGGAGGGUGGUGUUCUGGGAGAUGUUGCCCCUACUGUCCUGGCUGCCAUGGGUAUUGAGCAACCUGCCGAGAUGACUGGCAAGAGUCUGCUUGUCAAGGCAUAG